UACUCUGCGGCUAAGCUGAGCAUCAAUAUUAUGCGUGGGUGAAUUUUAAAUAUUUGCAUUAUGAUGUGACAACACAGCUGUGUCUAUGUGCUGUGUGUGUGUGUGUGCUGUGUGUGUGGUGUUGGUGUUUGUGCUGUCAGCUUGAGCGUUAAGCAACAACAUUUUCUGCACUUGCUACAACUUGGACAACAAUUUCCGCAUGCAAGCGCCAUUGACACACUAACAAAUGGCAAAGUUUCAAAAAGCCGACAAAAACGGCCGACGCACUGCAGUGCCGAACGGGCCGAGACGAAUACGAAGCCGAAGCAACAGUAGCAGCAGCAACAGCAACAACAGCAGCAGCAACAGCAACAACAGCAACAGCAGCAGCAGCAGCAGCAACAGCGCCAGCAGGACUAUAAGACAGGAGUUUAGUCCACGCACAAGCUGAGUCGCGUCGGCAACGUUGAGGCAGACGCAACGAGCGCUUCGCAUUAUUCGCAAAUAUUACGCAUACGCCACAAGUGCCGCAGAAACGGAUAAAGGCCAGUAAGGCGAGCUUGUUAGGCGAGAUUCCAUUGGCAAUUUUUACGGUACGCAGUGAAACGCAGUCGAGCGCAUAAUUCGGCCGGGAUAACGCUGAUAACACGGCUGUCCAUAAAAGUGCGUGCCAGCAUUAUUAUAAUAUUUCGACCACAAUUCCAACAACAACAACAGCAACGACAAGGCGAACGGGCUAACUGAGCCAACCAUGAGGCGUUCACGUACAACGCUGUUGCCCUGGGCACGGGCGUCAUGCACGGCAAUGAGGCAAUGAGACGACGGCCAGGUCCACACCCAACACCAACACCAACCACAGCCACAACCGCAGCCCGGCAACGCAACCAAGCACUGAGGGCAGAUGCAAUCUGAAGAGUUCGCUACUUGGCCGAGUGCCGCCGCCGACAACUCUCUGACUGCACAGAGGCCAAACAGCCGCUAGACGCAGCCAAGGAGCCCAGCUAGCUCAGUAGCUCAACGGAGGACGCGGGAGCAGUGACUGCUACUGCUAAAAACCACAGAGAGCGAGUGCUCGGGGUGCCCGCCAUGUUGCGAGAUAUCUUUCUAUAUUUAGUUCUAAUCGUUUUAUUUUGCUUUAUAUUCAUGGCGCAGUUAAUCGUCAACGUUUACGCAUUCCAGCGCCAGCCAACGCCCGCCCAGAGGGCCGAGCGCAAUGAGAUUAUAUUUGUCUAGGGUUUCUUCCUUAGGGCCAAAAGUCAUGGCAUUGCCAGUUGCUAGCAUUUAAUGAGCGCAACUCUAACGGCAAAAAAAAAAAAAAAAACCAGAAAGAAAAACAAGCAGCAGAAAAAAACUUAAAGCUAAAAAUCAAAGAAAACUCAUUUGCCAGCCUGUUGGCUGCUGUCUGCUCUCAGCUCACUGUUCUCUGUUCCCUGUUCCCUGUUCCUCGUUCUCUAUUCUCUGUUCGCGUGUGUCUGCGGCCCGCUCCCCACUGAGUCGGGGAUAAUACCCCGGCACAAGCUGAUUAACUGGGUUGCGCGCUAAUUAGUAACGGUAGUCCUGGGAGCGCUGUCACGAAUGCACAAUACACUCCAGCACAAUGAGACUUUAUGACACAAUAAGUCGGAGUGGAGCUGCGCUAGAAGUGAGCAUCGUGCGCGCAAAGUUCAGGCUGCAUUGAAGC